AUGGAUGACCUGGAUUGUCAAAGUAAAUUCCCAGUGAAUCACAAAAGGUUAUCUCUGUGGAGAGACAGAUGGAUUCUUGACGUUGUUGACGGAAGUCACUCACAUAAUUCCGUUUUGGCUUUCAACUCAACUGGUCCAGAGUCGGCUCCUCAGAAGAAAGAAAGUGAUACAGCCAACACAUAUGGACAGGUCCGAAACGUGUGUUCUGUUGGUCUCCAUCCAGGGAAAGGAAAGGAGCCAGAUAGCACCAAUGUAUACAGUGAGUUACCAGCUCCAAUGGAGGCCGGUCUGCUGAGCCCUCGCUCUGCUUCCAGAGAGCUGGACUCCAUAAUGGAUGAAUUGCUGCUUGACCUGGAGAUGGGGCUGCCAGACCCUUAUCCUCCCUCAACCCCACCACCGCUUGUCCAGAAGUCAGUCAAAAAGAAACAGAUUGGAGAAAAGAAAGAAAUGGAUGACACACAAGUGAAAGAAGAGAGCACAAACAGCCCAAAGACUUCUGAUCUGGAGCGCCAGGCGUCAACACAGAGAAAAACAGACACCAUAGAUGACCUUCUGGGAGGCCUGAGCUCUGAUAUGGAGAAGAUGGGUGUACACACCACGGCCAAGGGUCACUGUGCUUCUUGUGGAAAGGUCAUUGUGGGAAAGAUGAUCACAGCCCUGUGCCAGGUGUGGCACCGAGAACACUUUGUUUGUGUGGUUUGUAUGGCGGAGCAUCUCUUUUCACCCUGCUGUAGUUACUGCAAGGGCCCCAUUCUGAAGAACAUCCUGACAGCAAUGGACUGCACCUGGCACCCUGAGCACUUCUUCUGUUCCCACUGUGGGGAGCGCUUUGGGCCUGAAGGUUUUCUGGAGAAGGACGGGAAGCCGUACUGCCACAGAGACUUUUACCAUCUCUUUGCUCCAAAGUGCUCUGGCUGCGGAGAGCCUGUGAAAGAGAACUUCCUGACUGCAGCCAACGGCACCUGGCAUCCCAACUGCUUCGUCUGCUCAGACUGUCUGAAGCCCUUCACCGAUGGUUGUUUCCUGGAGCUGGAUGGUCGUCCCCUGUGCUCUUUGCACUUCCACUCCCGCCAGGGUACACUGUGUGGGGGCUGUGGAGAGCCCAUCUCUGGGUGCUGCAUCUCAGCUAUGGAGCGCAAGUUCCACCCUGAGCACUUUGUGUGUGCUUUCUGUCUGAGGAAACUCAGUCAGGGAGUAUUCAAGGAGCAGACAGGGAAACCCUACUGCUCAGCCUGCCACACCAAACUGUUUGUGUGAGACUUAUACUGUAAUAAUACCCGGUUAAUAUGUAAGGUAAUCAAUUCACCUGAAAAAAGUCCUACUUACAAAGUAUGUUGGAAAUCCCACACAAAUAAUCUAGGCAAUAUCUGCAUAGAAAUCUAAAAAUAUACGAUUAAUUGAAUCUCUUUGUGUUCCUUGCUGUUUUGCAUGUGAUACACACUGUGUACAACACAUUUGGAACACUUUCCAUGAAAUAGAAGGACCAGAUGAAUCCAGGUGAAAGUGAUGAUCCCUUAUUGAUGUCACUUCAAUCAGUGUAAAUGAAGGGGAGGAGACAGGCCCCUAGAGUCGAUUGACUCACAUAAUAUAACAUGAUUCAAAAUUCCCAUCAAAAUCCUUCAGUUUAAACUAGAGAUAUCUUUUACAUUGGAUGCGUCUCAAUCCACCACAUGCGCAAAUGUCGCACUUCCGCAUCUGCGGUGAAAUGUGGCUGAGCUAGAGCGGUGUUUGUCUGGAAUAGGUGUGUCCAAACUUUUGACUGGUACAGUAUAUAUAUAUAUUUCCUGAGCUUUCUUAUAUAGGACAAACGCUUCAAAAACCAUGUUUCUUAUUAUUUACUGUUUGACUGUAUUUUUGCCAUUUAUGAAUGUGUUAUUCAAUGUGUUUCUGUGGGCUAUAGUAGUAGGGCCAAAUUAAAUAUUUUAUC